GAUUUGCUAAAUAUCUUAUUCAACUUAGUAAAGAUCACAUUCCUAGCAAUAGACAGUUUGAGAUCUCUACUCUUGAUAACUUCCCAAGACUAGGACAACAUGAUAAUACUGGUGAUAGAGCAUGGCUUAU